AUGAAGGCUGACAGCUUUACUGGCAGCCUCAUUGGCCGUGGGCAAUGGGUGGUCACUGGCUGACCUGCCUGACCAGCCACUCCGAACUUCGCCCGAAAGUAGUUAAUGGUCAACCCAUGCAGUAAAAUUUAAUCGGGGCGCCCUGUGGCGGUUUCCGAGAUGUGGAGGCGAAGCCGGCUGCUCCCAGAGAUUUCCCAGUUGCUGCCCAGCCGCCCUCGUUGGAGAUGGGGAGCUUUCGCUCCGACCUGAUCCAGUACCGAGGCCUAUUUCAGAUGAUUUUAGUGCUAGGAAUAGGUGGAAGCUUCCCUUAUGGGUUCCAUAUUUCAGUAAUCAACUACCCCUCCUCGUGUAUUAAAACGUUUAUCAAUGAAACCUGGAUGGAGCGGCAUGGUUCACCCCUCUCUGAAGAGACUAUCUUGUUAAUGUGGUCCUUCAUCGUGUCCAUUUAUGGCUUAGGAGGCCUGCUAGGAAGUGUUUCCUGUGGGUACCUUACCACAAGAUACAGGAAAAAGAAGUGCCAGAUGUUCACCAACUUAAUCAUGCUAGUUGCUGCACUGUCCAUGGCUUUUAGCAAGAUGGCCAAAUCCUUUGAGAUGAUCUUCCUUGGGCGCCUCCUUUGUGGAAUUGGCAUUGGAUUUUCUUUCAACAUACACCCUCAAUAUGUGGGAGAGAUUUCACCCAAGAAGCUGCGUGGUUUUACAAAUGCCACAGUGGCUAUCUUUUUGACCCUGGGCAAAGUCUCAGGGCAAGUUAUUGGCCUCAGGGAAAUGUUAGGAAGUGAAUCUCUAUGGCCUUUACUGCUGGCUUUUACUGGAUUCACAACUGUGAUUCAACUGGUUACUCUCCCUUGCUUUCCUGAUUCUCCACCAUACCUUUUGAUACAGAAGGGCAACGAGGAAGCCUUCAAGAAAGCUAUCAAGCAGCUCUGGGGCGAAGGUGACCAUCAAGCUGAGAUCGAGGACAUAAAAAAGGAGAAGGCAGCCAUGGCGAGCUCCAAAAGUCUGCGGGUUCUUGAACUUCUGAAGACUCAGUCCUUGCGCUGGCAGCUCUAUGUGAUGAUCACCGUCAUGACCACGUUGCAGCUCUGUGGCAUCAAUGCAAUCUACUUUUACUCUUUUGAAGUCUUCCGCACAGCCAAGUUUGAAGAAGCCCUCAUCCCAUACAUAUCCUUGGGUGUUGGUCUUUGUGAGUGUAUCUCAUCUGUAUUGUGUAGCUCCCUUAUUGAGCGUUUUGGCCGGAAGGUGCUGCUAUGGGGAGGCUAUGCAUUGAUGGUUUUGGUGCUUGCUCUGCUCACACUAACUCUCUCACUCCAACAUCGCUUCUUUUGGAUGCACUACUUCAGUGUCAUUCUCAUCUUCUUGUUCGUUCUCUUCUAUGGAAUUGGACCAUCUGGUGCCACAAUUUCUGUCAUGGUUGAGAUCUUCAGUCAGGCCUUCCGCCCCUCAGCUUUUGUGAUUGUGGGGUUUAUCAACUGGAUGGGUCUCUUUCUGCUCGGGAUGAUCUUCCCAUUCCUUGUGGAAUAUCUUGGACCCUUUUGCUUCCUGAUUUUCAUGGGAAUUCUUGGUGUUUCAGGGGUAUUCAUCUACCUGUACCUGCCAGAAACAAAGGGGAAAUCUAUCUUGGAAAUUACAUUGGCGUUUGAUAAGUUAAAUUACAGCAAGAAGAAAGCUUUCCCUACAGAGAACAGUUUCCCUAAUGCAACAGUAUUUUGCACCAAGCUUUGACCAUGCAAUUGCAUAAUUACCAGCAGGGGGCUGGGUGGAAAUCAGGUCAUCUUUACUGCUGUUAAAAGUGAAGCCCUGGCAUUAAUUGAAGUUUUUUGCAUUGCUCUGUCAUUCUUGUUACAAAAUGUUUGAGACCCAGAUUAAGACCUGAUUAAUUGCCACCACUAGGUUACCUUGAGUUGGUCAUUCUUUCUCAGCCUAACCUACCUCACAGGGUUGUUGUGAGGGUUAAAUGGAGGAUGGGAGAUAUGCUCCCCUGAGCUCCUUGGAGGAAGUGUGAUGUAUAAUGUACUCAAUAAAUAUUAAUUUAUGGUUGUGAAUUUCA